AUGUUUUAACGAGAAUAAAGAAAUACUUCUAAUUCUGGAUACAAAAGUUCUUCAAAUGCAUAUGUAAUGGCAAUGAAAGCUCUUUAAGAAAAAAUAAAAGUAAUGGAAACUUAAAAGAUUGAUUUGUAACCUUCUAAUAAAUUGAAAGUUAAUGAUGAAGAAAUUUUGUCUUAGUAAAUACAAGAAUUGAGAAAUUAAAAUGAAACAUUAUCUAUGUAACUAUAAAGACAAUAAAAUGAUAAAGAAAAUAUUAAUAAUUAUAUUUUAUAAAUUGAAGCUUUACAAGAGGAAAGAUAUACAUAAUUAAAAGAAUACUAAGAUCGAGUAGCAGAUCUAGUUAAAAAGAUAGAAGAUGGUAAGAAGGAGAGAUAAUAAAUGUAGAAUUAAAUUGAUCAAUUGUAAAAGCAAUUAGAACAGUAUAAAAUAAAUGAGAGAGGAUUAAUGUAGAAGGUGGAUUAACAAAAAUUAGAUGAUAAUUAAAAAUAAUAAGAAUAAGUAUUGGAUUUGAAACAUAGAUUGGAGUAAGGAUAAUCAUAUGUAAAAAAAUUAGAAAAGAGAUAUGAAAAGUUAUAAAAUGAGAAAAAUGAAUUAGAAUCAAAUUAUUUAGAUUAUAAAGAUCGAUGUCCAUUAUUUAAAUUAUAAGAAUAUGAAAAAUAAAUAUAAAUGUAUAGAGGUUAGUUGGAAGAAAAAGAAAGAGCAUUUUUGAAAAUGAUGGAAGAAAUAUCAAAUUAACGUUAAUAGACAGAGGAUUAAUUGACAAGAAGAAUUUAAGAAUUAUUAAAUAAGAGUAAUCAAUUUUAAUCUACAAUACAUAAAUUAACUAUAGAAUUAAAAGAUUUAAACUUAAAGCAUUAGUAAUUAUAAUUAAGAUUGGAAUAUGAAGAAAAAAAUAAUAAAUUUAAUAGAAAUAGAUUUAGAAAUGCAUCUUGUUCAGAAGAUCCAGAUCAAGAUAUGGCAACAAAUAAUUAAUAUUCAAAUUAGAUAAAUAAUCAAAAUAAGAAAAAUACAAAGUUAAAUUUUGAAUAUUUAUAACCUUAAAUAUCUAGUCCAAGAUUUGAAUAAAAUAUAGUAAAAUCAAAUGUUUUAAAAUAAGCAAUUAAAGAUUGUUUAGAAGAUAUGAAAUAGACAACACCUUUUAAACCUGAAAUGCAUUUCUAAGCAGAUUAGAGUUUAUUAUAAUAACAAUAACAUUCAAAAAAGAAAGUAUUAUCACCUCCUAUGUCUGCAAGAAAUAAUGAAACUGAAAUGUAGUUAAAAUAAUUGAACGAUCGCUAUGAAUAAUUAAUAAGGUAAGCUUAAAAAGAAUCUGAUUUUAAACAAAAAGCUGUAAUUCGAAAAGAAUUAUUGGAUAUUGCUGAAUAAAUAAAAGAUAUAAAUAGAAAACAAUGA